UUGACUGGCUUUUGACGUGAUGUCAUGUCGGAGUAACAUGACAGCAAAUAGGACCCAGCAGAGCUCUCCGGCGAACCUCACCUGUCCCCAAACGCACUUUUACUUUUCCACCUGAAGUCGCCUGUACAAUCCCGACAUCUGUCAGACUUUAAGAUAACGACAUGUUUUCUGCAUUGCUCUGCAGUUUGUUGCUCCUGCACGGCUCGCUCGGGGAGAUCGUGUUCCGCUGCCCGAGCUGCACCGCGGAGCGCCAGGCGGCGUGUCCCAAGCUCAUAACCUCCUGCGAGAUUGUCAGGGAACCGGGUUGCGGUUGCUGUCCGGUUUGCGCCCGGCAGAAGGGUGAGCUUUGCGGCGUCUACACGCCGAGAUGCGGGAGCGGUUUGAGGUGUUACCCGACCGCGAAUUCAGAGUUACAGCUGGAGCAGCUGAUACAGGGACUCGGACGAUGCGAGAACAAAGUGGACCUGGAGCCCACCAUGACCAACCAGGAGUCAGGACACAGUGGAGAAUUAAAUGGCACGCGGUCCCCUCCAGUGAAAAAGUCUGGCAAAGAAAACAAUUACCAGCACAUCAAGGAAAUAGCUGUGAAGCAGCAUCUCGACAAAAAGAAGUCCAAGAUGUACAGCACCCUGGAUGAUCCCAAAACACCUCACCCCAGACAGAGCCAGUGUCAACAGGAGCUGGACAGAGUUUUGGAGAACAUCUCCCAAAUGACGUUCCAUGACAACAAGGGACCUCUGGAAAAUCUUUAUGACCUGAAGUUCCCCAACUGUGACAAGACAGGACAGUACAACCUUAAGCAGUGCAACAUGUCCAGCCAUGGACAGAGGGGCGAGUGUUGGUGCGUCAACCCCUACACUGGUGUCCAGAUACCCUCGUCCCCCAAAGUGCGGGGUGACCCCAACUGCAGCCAGUACUACGGUGGUCCCGAGCUGGAACCGCCCACCAGCCAACAGAAAUAGACGCACCCUGACCCUUAAGGGAGACGCCCCGGGUCGCAAACGAGGAGAGUUAAAGCGAGUGCAAGAGCGAAGUGCAUGUGUGUAAUUCUGUACGUGUAUGUGUAUGUAUUUUUUCGCAAUAGUACAAUCUGUAUUGUUGAUAGGAGUGUGGAAAGUCACAUGCCAGCAAAGAAAAGCAAGUCAAGGACAGGUAGUUAAACCUCCCCCUUCUCAAAUCCAGAUAACUGUACUCCAAAUUUAACAUUGAGUGAUUGUUUUUUUUUUUUGCCUAUUUAUAGGUUCGUAUGGUGCCUUUUAAUCUUGUGACUGAAUCUGGUUGCAGAGAGUCGCUUAUACAGCAUUUGCAGCUGUUCGGUGUGAAGAUGUGUCCCUUUAAUUCUCCCUUUGUCUUUGAGACCCAAUAAAAAUGGUGGAGUGUUUUACUGCACCAUUGGUUGCCAGAAACAAACAGAAACUGCAAACGCACAAAAGCAGAAAGCUCGAUGUUGAUUAAAAAAUGAAUCCCAAAUUUUUAAAACCAAAAAUAUGAAACAGAGGGGUCGUUUUUUUUGUUGUUGUUUUUUUUUUUUGGCUCAUUUGAGAGGAUCUGUGCAAGAGGGGCUGAAUAUGUGCUUUUUGUCUAUUUUGACUACUUGACUACUCAACAGAUAAUUCUCUAAACCAAUGUCUCUAAACCACUGCCACAUACAUGAGUUGCUAUUCGGCGUCACCGAAAAUUGUCACCCCAUCAAACCAAUUGGAGUGCAUGGUUCGAAAGGCCCCAUAUUCCAAACAAUUGCUAAAUUAAAAACAAGCCCCCUUUUUGGCACAUAAUACUGACCUCCAAUCAGCAUAAUUUGUUUAAAGUUCAAGUGUGUUUUUACAGUCAAUAAUUGCUGUUGCUUCCAAGUACUCAAGAUCUGGCUAUCCCUGUUCCUGGCAGCUGAUAGACUUCUGUUCUCGUUCUGCUUCUUUACCAUGUGGUAGAAUGCAGGUGGUGUAUGUGUGUGUUUGUAGAGUGGGGAUCAGCAUUUACUAAUGAUGUGCUGACAGAGGGCUAGAUUAGGACACAGGGCUGACAUUGACAAAUGUGAUAUAAAGUGGGUUAAGUGCCUAUAAAUAAACACAGGUUUGCCUGCAGUGCCAGUGGGCUUUGCCUCACCCUGCUUUACUCUCAUCUGCGCAGGGAUGUGUUGGGGGUUGGCAAGGUUGAUUUUGCCCAGUGUAACGCUUGAAUGGGGUUAGUUUAAGAGUCCUGUAGAGGAAUGUGAAGUGGUGCAUGGGUUUAGUGAGCUUGUUUAACCAAAUUUUUUUACCAAUUUUUCCCCCAGCUGAGUGAAAACAUGUGUUAUAUACCUUGAACAGCCCAAUGCAACAGAAUUAAAAAAAAAAAAAAAAGUUUGAAGUUACUACUGGGUUAAAAUUGGCUCAACUGGUCAUAAAGAUCCAAUAGAAAAUGACAAACAAUAAAGUAGCAUACAGUGGGAUUCAAAAUCUACUUUUAACAUGAAUAGAAUGUUACAUGAAUAGAAAGAAUAUAAUUUAGCUAAAAUAAUUUAAAAAAUGUGACAUUUAAUGCAUCCUUACUGAAUAAAAGUAUCGGUUUCUAAAAAAAAAAAAAAAAAAAAAAGAUCUUAUUGACCCCAAAAUAAUGCAAAAUACAAGCAUUCUAUAGUCUAAAUAGAUGAGACCAGUGAGAUUUAAUGGGUUAACUUGUUCUGUCAGCAGGUAAUGCCCUGUUCACAUGGACACACAGCAGGUUUUAUCGCUGAUUCUACUGAGCAUUCCUACUACUGUGUUCUGACGACAUUGGUAGCCUGUCUAAAUGGACAUAGCUUCUGAAAAUCUGAUCACAAAUGGGACAAGAAUCCAGGUGCUGCUCAUAAAUUUCAUCUUUUAAAAUUCUGAUUCCUGCAUUUUCAGUGUAGCCUUUUGGAUGCCACUGUAUGUGAACUUAUUGUCAUACCACUGAAAAACAAUGCAGGGUUGUUAAAGGGCAGCAGCUGUAACAUCCUUUGAUUAAGUUAUAUUUUAAUUCACUACCCAUAUCUCUACCUCUUAAUGUCUCUUCCCCAUCUGUCUCUCUCUUUCCCAUCCUCUCUUUCUCUGUGAGCAUUGAAUUGAACAGCUCAAUCCAGAAAUAGAAGUCGAUUAAGCUUUAACAUUGAUCCUAACGUGUUAGACAGUGUCCAGCCCAUCGUUUGCUUUUGUAGCUUAGCCUUUGAUGUAUUUCCACAUUAACCUUCAGUAUCUUUCACAGUAUUACCACAUCUUGCUCGCCCUUAGUAGUAGCUUAUAUGUACUUUAGUUUAUCUAGUUAGUGUUGUGCUAACUACAGCAACAGACUGGCUCUCAAGAAUCGUGCAGCUUUGUGUGAUUUUGGUGCCUCACGGAUAGAUUUGCCGAGACACGGGCUAUGAGUUUUCCGUUUCGGUUUGUGUCCAAAAUAGAUUGCUGCCUGCCCUCCGGUGGCACAGUAAAUUUUACGGUAGCUCGAGUUUGGCCUAGUUUAAAAACAGUGCGAAACCAAUCCCUGUGGUUUUCAGGCAUAUUGAUUUGCCAGAGCGGUUCCGAUGGGAUGGAAGUGUUCACGUAUGUGUGUGUGUUUGUGUGUAUUUUGUGAAUGUUUCGAUGCUGUGCCAUGCCUGGAGCCAGUGUGACGGUGGGAAGGAUUGCUUGCCAUCUGGUGCAGUGUAAAACUGUCAGAGCCGGUCUCUGCUUUUGGAAAGUCUCACACAAAUGACAGGGGGAAUUUCUUGAGCAAAUCCAAAUGCCUUGUUCCAUGGCAGCAUCUCACAUGCCUUUUUUUUUUCUUCUGUAAUUCAUUGCGUAUCCUGUGUGUCACGAGAUGCGGUGGUAUUAAAUAACAUGCAUUACUCAAAGCAUGCUCUUUGUGUCCACUGUCAUGCGAAUGGUGCAUGAACUGAGUUUUCUGUACAACUGCAAUGGAAAAAGCCAUAAAUGCAUGCAAAAAAAUCAACAUUGGUUUAAAAUCUUGUAAUAAAAUCCAGCAUGAUUAAAUGUAUUACCUUUCAGACCCAUGA